UCUAAACAGGAGAUCUCGGCCUGGGCACUACUCUGUGGAUACGAUGCAUUUUUCCAUCCCGGAGACUGAGGUGCUGAGCGCCGACAACGGAUCCACGUACGUGGCCUACAACAUUCAUGUGAAUGGAGUGUUACAUUGUCGAGUCCGAUACAGUCAACUGUAUGGAUUGCAUGAGCAGCUGAGAAAAGAAUACGGGGCCAAUGUACUUCCUCACUUUCCCCCUAAAAAGAUUUUCACGUUAACGACUGCAGAAGUAGAACAGCGAAGGGAGCAAUUAGAAAAGUACAUUCAGAGUGUACGCCAAGAUUCCUUGCUAGGUGGCAGUGAGGCAUUCAACAGCUUUCUGAGAAAAGCUCAACAGGAAACUCAGCAGAUUCCAACGCAAGAGGUACAGCUUGAUGUCUAUCUGUCCAAUGGACAGAAAGUAACAGUCAAUAUUUUCAGUUCAGACCAGACAGAAGAUGUGCUAGAGGCAGUUGCGGCAAAGCUGGACCUUCCUGAUGAUCUGGUUGGAUACUUCAGUCUUUUUCUUAUCCGGGAAGGAAGUGAUAAUAGUUGCUCUUUUGUACGCAAGCUGCAGGAGUUUGAACUGCCAUAUAUUUCGGUCACAAGUUUGAAAAACACAGAAUAUAGAAUUGUGCUGCGAAAGAGCUAUUGGGACACUGCUUAUGACGAUGAUGUUAUGGAAAAUCGGGUUGGCUUGAAUCUAUUAUAUGCUCAGACUGUGGCUGAUAUUGAACGAGGGUGGAUCCUGGUCAAUAAGGAGCAACACCGACAGCUGAAAUCACUUCAAGAAAAAGGCUCCAAAAAAGAGUUUAUCAGCCUGGCUCAAACGCUGAAGUAUUAUGGAUAUAUCAAGUUUGACCCUUGCAUCACUGAUUUUCCAGAGAAAGAAUGUCAUGUAAUAGUCAGCGCCGGUAAUAAUGAACUAAAUUUUCAUGUCAAGUUACCCAAUGACCAAAUCAAAGAAGGUAGCUUCAAGGUCACACGCAUGAGAUGCUGGCGUGUUACUUCCUCACAAAUUCCACUAACAAAUGGCACUGCAAACAUCCCAGGAAAAACAGAGACCAAAUUGGAAUUGGCUUUUGAGUAUUUGAUGAGCAAAGACCGACUCCAGUGGGUGACCAUUUCUAGCCCCCAGGCAAUAAUGAUGAGUAUUUCUUUACAAGCAAUGGUGGAUGAGCUAAUGGUGAAGAAAUCAGGUGGCAAUAUAAAGAAGAUGCUAAAGAAGCGCCUGAAUGGUGCGUUACGUCGGUCCGACAGCCAGCAAGCUGUGAAAUCUCCUCCACUCCUGGAUUCUCCUGAUUCAAACAGAGAACCUAUUGUCAAGCUCUCAAGUAAACUGUCUUCUGUUAGCAUCCGGGGAAUCGGAACUUCCUCCAAUGACGUCAGUGCUAAUGACUUCCAUGGUAACUAUGCCUUUGAGGGAAUUGGUGAUGAUGAUUUGUGAAGUUUUGCCAGGUGAACCAUUCACUGAUUGCCUGGGGAAAACUGAAAUCUUGCACUUGCAUCUGAUCAGUUUGCACAGAAUCUACCGAAGGAUUGAACCAUGAUUGUUGUUCGGAAGAUGUCAUCAUGCAUCAUGUGUCAAGAAGCAACAAAGUUGAACGGUCAUGACCUUUUGUUUGUGAUCAUGAUUAACACCAAAUUAUCGUUUACUAGAGUAUUUUGCACAACAGUUCAAAUUUCUUUUGAAAAUUCAUAAGAUUCUCUUAUGUUUACACAAAAUAUCAAUGAAAGUUAACAGUAUUUCUCAAAGAUACCUGAAAACUCGUUGCAGACUGAAGUUGGUUGAAAUGUCUUCUACUUUACAAAAAGAAUGAUGACACUAAAUUGUUUACGGAAUUGUAGCAGUGGUUUUGUUGCCAAGCCAGAGCACCCAGCUAGUGUAGAAACUAAAGAUUUCUUUUAGAUGUAAAGCACCAUAUUGGCUACUUAAAUGUAAUCUAGGUUGCGGAGAAAAGUGUAGCCUAUUUUUCAUUGGUGAUCACUGUGGCAAAAUUACUGUACAUUCUGAAUAUUUGUGAUUUCAAUGCAAGAUCAAAAUGUCUGUUAUCUCUUCAUUGCAAUAGUUGUACGUUAUGCUGGUGGCUUAUGGCUGGUGUCAAUCAUAUUUCCAUCUGUAUAAACUUCUUAUUAAAUGUUUAUCUGCGCAAUAAUACA